ACGGUCAUCAGGGCAAGCACAGGCACGCGGAUCACGUUCUAGCUAUCUUCACGGCACGCGAGUGAGCAUCGCGGUCACUCUCUCGUUUCUCUUUGGCGCCUAUGGUAUGCAGUCUAUACUAAAGACUCUUUUCACAUUGGCUUGCCUGAGAUAAAGCUCUAGUGAGAGGUCGAGGACUCGAUUCCAGACCAAAGACUCGCGUUUUUUUUGUGGCUUGAGCCAACUACCUAGCCAAAGCUUCUAGGAGCUUUCCGACCGCACGAGUUUUGUCGUCGAAUAUUGAGCCCCAGAGCUAGUCGCCUUUCGCAAGGGUCCGCCGGUGAACAACUGACGACGAUCCUUAGAUUAUAAGUGAAACCCCGCCUGCUUAGGCUUGUUAUACUGAACUAGUAGGGCCGUCGUGCAAGUUGACUUUUGAGUCGACUCAAAAAAACAUUAUGAGUGCAAAACCGCGGUGCUGCUUAGACGUAUCUGUCAUACUGAACGAGUAGGGGCCGUCGUGCAAGUUCCAACCACAGGUUAACUUAUUCUCUCCUAAGGAAAAUACAUUCGCGAGUGCGCGAAUCGUGCGAAUCCCUUCGCGAGCGUCGCCAAAGUCCAUGGUUCGUGGUUUCGUGUUUCGAGACGGUCCCAAAAGGUGACUGGCUUUCGUGAGCCAGGUCAAAGCGUUCCCCUUAGUUAGCCAACUCGCCAUUGGAAGUCCCGUCAAAAGUGUUUCUUUUACGUAAGUAGUGGAUAGGUGACAGCUUUCGGACGCGCGCUUAGUGACUGACACUUAAACAACCGUUGCUGAGGUCAAGCCGGGGCCGUUAGCUUCUAUCAGCCAUGGUUCUAGGGCGGCGCGCCCUAUGGCGCACUCGAGGCGACUCGGGCGGAAGCCUCGACGUCCCGGGAAACGCGGGGACGGCCGGCAAAGCUGACGGCGCAGCGGCGGCGGACGACGACCUGGUCAUGACGGAAGACUGGGACGCCGACGCGACGGCCGGCGCGGCGGGAAAAGCGGACGGCGGCGGUCACGGACUUGCGGCGGGCGGCGCGGGGGGGGACGGUAAAGGCGGCGGCGGCGGCGGUGUGGGCGAGACGAUGGAGAUUAUGCUGGAGGACGGGCUGCAGCUGACGGUGGAGGUUGACUCUGGCGAGAAGCUUCUUAACGAGCUGGGAUACAAGCAGGAGCUGAAGCGCGCGCUGGGAUUCUUCGAGCUGUUCUCCAUCGGGCUGUCCACCGUCACUGUCUUUACUGGCAUCGUGCCGUACUAUGGCCAAGCGUACGUGAACGGCGGCCCGGUGGCCAUCGUGUGGUACUGGUGGAUCACCGUCUUCUUCACUCACCUCAUCGCUCUCUCCAUGGCCGAAAUCUCCUCCUCCUUCCCCGUGGCCGGGUCGCUCUACUUCUGGUCCGCAGCACUGGCUGGGCCAAAGCACGGCCCAUUUGCUGCUUGGAUCACGGGGUGGUUGGAGUUUCUUGGCCUUUCUGUGGGCUUGGGCGGCGUCUCGUAUGGCGGUGUGUUAAUGCUACAGUACACCGUGCUCGUUGCCACAGGAGGGGCUAACGGCGGGGGCUAUCUGCUGACCAACUACCAGUCCUUUGCCAUCACAGCCGGUGCCAUCAUCUUCUGUGGCAUUCUCAACUCCUUCUCGAUCAAGUUCAUCGGCCGACUGGCCGUCAUAAGCGCGGUCUACCAGAUGGGUCUCGCCAUAGUGAUCAUGAUUCUGCUGCCAUCAGUAGCGCCUGUGCACCAGACGCCAUCCUUCGUCUUCACUCACUAUGACGUGCAGCUAGACGUCUCCCUGCUGCCCACUGUGGCGUAUGCCUUCGUGGCAGCGAUGCAACUGUCGCAGUACUCGCUGUACGCCUACGACACGGUGGCGCACAUGGCGGAGGAGACCAAGCGCUCCGACCGCACCUCCCCCGCCAGCAUGGUGCUCUGCCUCUCAGCUGUCAGCCUGCUGGCAUGGGGGCUGCUGGUGGCGUUCACCUUCUGCAUCCAGGAUGACGCUAAUCUCACCAGCCCAGACAGUGUCACCGGGGGGCAGCAGAUUCUGGUUACCAUCAUUUGGGAGGUCUUUCUGGCUCGCUUUGGCACCGGCACAGGGGCAGUGGUGCUGCUGUCACUCAUCUACGUCGCGUUCCUCUUUGGCGUCUUCGCGGGGAUCCUUGCCGCGUCUCGAGCGGCAUACGCCAUAUCCCGAGACAAAGGUCUCCCCUUCGCCUACCUGUGGCGGCGGGUGAACCGCGAGAAGACGCCCAUCUACUCCGUGUGGCUCUGCUGCGGCGUGGCCAUCCUCUUCUCGCUACCCCUGCUCAAGGACGCCUACCUCUUCACCGCCAUCACCUCGCUGGCCACCGUCGCCUGGGUGGGGGGCUAUGCGGUCCCGAUAUUCUUCCGCCUCAUCCAGAGGGAGGAGGACUUCGAACCGGGGCCGUUCUAUCUCUCCAAAUACGUCGGAGUGUGGGGCAGGAGACUCAUGAACGUUGGAGCCAUCUUUUUUGUCCUCUUUACAGUCAGCAUCUUUAUGCUGCCGGUGACCUUCCCCAUCACCGCAACCAACUUCAACUACGCGUGCGUCGGCAUUUUCGCGGUUGUCUCCUUCUUCCUCGUCUGGUGGUUCCUCGACGCGCGCAAUUGGUUCGUAGGGCCAUUCUUGGAUAAGGCAGCCACCAACAACCAAUCCAAAUACGCCGCUGGAAGAUGGUUCAUGUAGCUCUGGAGUUUACCCAGUCAAAGGCGAGUUGACUCAGUCAGAGGCUGUUGAGAUGGCUUUGGACCGGCUGAAGGCCGCCUUUUGUGUGGAUAAGGCAGCAGCAACCAACAACCUACGCAACUGGGUUGGGAGAUGCUUCAAGUACGGUAGCUCGUGUUUUCGCUUAGAUCGAACAGCAAUAAGUCCCCCUCCCCCUCCCCACCAGGGCUUAUAUUAUAAGAGUAAAUCACUGAUUCUCUGGAAAUCAGAGUCGUUUUUUUAAACCACUCUGAUGGUCUUGGGUAAAAUUUUAAAAGUAUAGAUUUUCUCUGAUUUAUCAGAGUUGGCCUAAGUGUCAUAAAAGCUAGGUAGCUAGGAAGGGUAGGCGGCCAUGGAAUGGCGUGAGGGUUUAGGCUAGGAAAGUUGACAAGAGAAAAGAGAGGGAGAAUAGAAGAGAGGCAUACAA